CAUGCCCAUAACCCCCAGCCAGGGCCACACCUCGCAUAGCAUCCUAUAUAAGCACCCCCCCUCUCCCCUCCCAAUCUGUAGUGGUGUUCACAAAUCUAAUCAUGGCAAAUACACUUCGAAAUAGCAACUCCGCCGCAGCUCGGUCGCAGCCCAGCCGGCUCCAGCGGCGGAGACCAGCGUCCUUGCAGAUCAGUCCAGCUUCUUCUUCUUCUUCCUGUUGGAAAGUUGCGAUUCCUCUCUUGUCUCCGCUUAUUACUUCGCCUACCGCGAUGGACAUGAAGUCUCGGGAGGAUCCGCAACCACCGCCGAGGAGUCAGGGAACGGAGGGGGAGAAGCCAGUGGUGUUCACGAAGUGGCAGCACCCGGCGGCUCCUUUAUGUUACGAGCCGGCUAAGUUUAAGCCCUCAUUUUCUGUGCCUGUAUAGAUUUAGAAAUUAGAAUGAAUGUUGAUUAAUUAUCAGAGAAUAGUGGUUUUAUUAGUUUAGGCCUUUUUUUUAUUUUAAAAAAAAUCUAAUUAUACAUACUUUUUUGUUAA